CAUUCUUGUUCUGUUUGUCAAACCGUGCGGUUGUCAGAACUUUGAAAAUUUCUUUGCAACGUCUUGGCAACGUUUUCAAUUUCCCUCGACACAAAGAAAAUAAGGCUGAGAAGAAAAUUUUGGUUUUCUAUCGAAGCUAGAGCGGUCGCAAGUGUUGAGAAUUGCAUUAGUAAUAUUGCAUUUUAUCUUUUUACAAAAUUAAAUAAACCAAAAAAAUCGAGUCUCAAUUUUUGCACUAAAUUUCCCCAUUAAAUUUUAUUUUGUAUCGCAAAAAGUGUUUGGAAAUUGCUGGAAAACGCACUGCAACGCGUUGACCGAGAGUUUACAGAAUACGUUAAGCGCGCGACAGUUGCCAUUGCCGACAGGAUAACAGGACCAACUGGAUUUUCGCUGCGGUGAAAAUGAGUUUUCACAAAAGCGACUCACGCACGCCGCUCGCACCGGCGGAAUAUACUAAAAUUCCGACGGUUGUGACGGUCUACGACAGCGAGAGGAAAAAUGGCAACAGGAACAACGCGAGCAUGGGCCAGCCCAAGUUCAUCCGCUCCGACAUGGCCGAUGUGCCUGCCCAGCAGGCGGCGGGCUCCACCCUUCCUUUGGUGUUGACGCGCAAAAAAGGCGGCGACGAUGGCGAGGACGGCCUCUACAAUCCCUUCGAGCAUCGCAAAGUGGAGCACCCCACAUCUGACCUGGAGACCUUUGUGCAUCUGCUUAAGGGCUCUCUGGGCUCCGGCAUAUUGGCCAUGCCCAUGGCCUUCGCCAAUGCCGGUCUGUGGUUCGGCCUGUUGGCCACCUUUGCCGUCGGCACCUUGUGCACCUACUGCGUCCACGUGCUGGUCAAGUGUGCCCACAUACUGUGCCGGCGUCGCAAGAUACCCAUGAUGGGUUUCGCCGAUGUGGCCGAGCAGGCCUUCCUGGAUGGCCCGCCCGCCCUGAAUCGCUGGUCCCGCUUCAUACGCUUCAUGGUGAACACGUUUCUGGUGAUCGAUCUGCUGGGCUGCUGCUGCAUCUAUCUGGUGUUUGUGGCAACCAAUGUGCAGCAGGUCGUCGGCGUUUACAUGGACACCGAGCUGAGCGUGCGCCUGUGGAUUGUGAUCGUGUCGGCGCCCUUGGUGUUCAUGUGCCUGGUGCGCAAUCUCAAGUUUCUGACGCCCUUCUCCAUGAUCGCCAAUAUUCUGAUGUUUGUGGGCAUUGUCAUAACGUUCAUCUAUAUGUUCUCGGAUCUGCCAGCGCCGUCUGAGCGCGCGGGCAUCGUGCCGCCCGCACAAUGGCCCCUCUUCUUCGGCACGGUCAUCUUCGCCCUCGAGGGCAUCGGUGUAGUCAUGUCCCUGGAGAACGACAUGAAGAACCCCAGCCACUUCAUUGGCUGCCCCUCGGUGCUUAACUUCGGCAUGGGCCUGGUCAUCGGCCUCUACACACUCGUCGGCUUCUUCGGCUACCUCAAGUACGGGGACGAGACCCAGGCAAGCAUAACGCUGAACCUGCCACUGGAAGACAAAUUGGCUCAGUCCGUCAAGCUGAUGAUUGCCAUUGCCAUAUUCUUCACCUUUACGCUGCAGUUCUAUGUGCCAGUCAGCAUUCUCUGGAAGGGCAUCGAGAGCAAGAUUCCCGCUGCCCGCCAGAACAUGAGCGAGUACGGCAUGCGAGUGGGCCUGGUGUGCCUGUGCUGCGGCAUUGCAGUGGCGCUGCCCAAUCUCGGGCCAUUCAUCUCGCUCAUCGGCGCCGUCUGCCUGAGUACGCUGGGCAUGAUCGUGCCAGCGGUCAUCGAAUUGGCUGUGUACUACGAGGAGCCCGGCUUCGGGCGCUUCAAGUGGCGACUGUGGAAGAACUCCGGCCUGAUACUGUUCGGCAUUGUUGGCUUUGUGACAGGCACGUACGUGAGCAUACGCGAGUUCCAGGCCGAGUUCGACGGCGGCCAUGGGGGCGAUGCACAGUGAGCGGCCGCCGAAGGAUUAUGCUAAUUUAAUUUAGAUUAGUUUUAAUAAAACUCUUCUAAGCACAGGGAUAUCUAAGUUAAGUUUUUAACUAAUUUUAGGGCUAACCAAAGUUUUAUAAGAUUCUCCCUCUGCGACACUUUCACCUACGUUCCCAAUCAAUGCCCCCACCACUCUCAUUUAUCCAUCCACCCUAUUAAAACAUUAAAAUAAAACUAUAAACCGAUUAUGUUCUAACAUCAUGAGCCUCAUUCAAGCUAAUCAACAGGCGGCUAUCUUGCAACCCCUCUGCCCCUAUACCCCUCUGCCUUUCUAACCAUAAAAUUACUAUCAUCCAAGCAAAGUAUUUGAUUUAGUCGAUGCCGCAUUACGAACAGUAAUCGUGGCAUCACAUUUAUUUAGAGAAUUCUUCCAAAAGUGAUUUUGUAAACGUAGUGAUCUUUUGACAGCAAAAUAUAUCGUAGUUAAAGUAGUUGUAAUUAGUUCUUAGCCGAACUAAAUUAGUUACACACACAACAAGAGGAAACAAAACAAAAACUGACAACACACAAAACAUGAACGCAUGCGCAGAACCAAUGUUAGUUUCGUUAUAUUUUUCGUUCAUUAUAAUAUCAUUGAAUUUCUUAAUUUGUAUGCCCUAUUCUAUUAUUCAUGACAUAUAUAUAUAUACACAUACGUAUCCUAAAUGACACAAAUUGCAUCAUUUGCAAAUAAAAUUUUAUUUUCAAAAUAA